UUUGAUGUUUUCUGUUUUGGCGAUGUUGAAUCUGGGUUGGUACCGGUUUGUGAAUACGGGGCGUGAGACGUUUGCUCCCUUGGCUCAGUGCUUUUAGAGGUCGGUUGGCGAGUCGGCUUUUUGCAUCGCAGCUGUUGUGAUCGGUCCAUUUAACAAGCGAGCGGUGUUUGGGCUCCGUUCAUCUUAGCCCUUGCUUUCUGCCGAACCAGGGAUCGGGCGAUCAUGAUAUAGAUUUUUCACAAAAUUGAGCAAAAUGAGUUGGGUAGUGGAAGAGUGGAAACAGGGCUUGCCUACAAAGGCACUCCAGAAGAUACAGGAAAUUGAAACUCAGUUGGAUAAACUCAAAAAGGAACGCCAACAGCGACAAUUUCAACUAGAAUCCCUGGAAGCUGCACUAUUGAAACAAAAGCAAAAGGUGGAGAAUGAGAAGACUGAAACCAGCGCUCUGAAGCGUGAACACCAGAACCUAAUCGAAUCAUGUGAAAACCUUGAGAAAAUCAGACAGAAAAUUUCCCAUGAUCUGCAAGUGAAGGAAUCACAAGUUAAUUAUCUGGAAGGACAGCUUGCAUCAAACAAGAUACGGAUGGAUAAACUUGAGCAAGAGAACAAGAGAUACAAAUCGGAACUUGAACGAAGCCAACAGACUGUAAUGCCAGGGGAUGCACAGUCUAGAACACCACAAAGAAAUCUCUCUGGACCUGUGACACCAACUAAGAAUAUCGCUGGAAAGCUCGAUCCAAAACUAGAGGAACUACAGGAACAAUACAAUAAAGAAGUGGAAGAAAGAAAGCGAUUGGAAACUGAACUAAAAACAAUUCAGACCAAGUUGUCUAACCAGACGCAGUCUCAAAGCACCGCUGGCCAUCGGAAUAUGGCACAUCAGCGAUCCUCUUUUGUAUUUCCAUGGCAACAAGAACAAACUCCAAGUCACCAAACCUCUCAUUCACUAGAAACCCCAAUGAAGAAGGGUAUUGCCAUGAAUUUUCAAUGGGACCAAGAAGAAACUCCCUUGAAGCAUUGUCCCAAAUCAUUGCAAAAGACUACACACUCAACAAGCUGGAUUAAUAACAGUGUGGACAGCUCUAAGCAGGAGGACCGACUGAAGUUACAAAAUCAAGACCUGCAAACUAAAGUUUCUGAUCUGGAAUUACGACUUAAAACUCAGGAGAAAGAAAUCAAAAAUCAUCUGAAUAGACUUCAUGAAAUCCAAUUCCAGUUUGAUAAAGCUAAAGUAGAUCUUUCAGAGAAAGAACAAAAACUCAGUAAGUCCAGAGAUGAAUUGACCAAGGUAACUGCACAGUGUGAACAAGCCAGUACAAAGUGUCUGAUGGUUGAACAAAAACUGAAGCAGGUAUCUGAUGAACUGAGUUGUCACAGACAAAAUGCUGAAAGUACACGACGCAACAUGGAACAGAAGUUAAAAGAUAAGGAAAAGGAUUUCCAACAGGAGCUUUCUCAUCAACAACACUCCCUGCAGAGCCUGGACCAACAAUUCAACCAAAUGAAAAAUAAGCUGAACCAGGAGUUACAGCAAGCUAAAAAUGAUUAUAAUGGUCUACAGUUGGAGAGUGAUAAAGUAACAGCACACAAACAAAAACUAGAAAGAGAACUGGAUGAAAUCAAGCAACAAUUAUCUCGUUCUAACCAAAUGCUAAAGGAAAAUCAGACAAAGGAAAAUGACUUGAAAAAAAAACUCGAAAGUACUCAGGAAGAAAGAAACUGCUUGAGCAACAAGCUUAGUCAGAAUUCUACACAAAUUCACCAACUGGAAGACGAAUUGAAGAAGACCAAACAGGAUUUUAACCGCUCUUGGAAUUUUGGGGAAGAGAUGAAAAGUAAGAACAGUGCUCAAGAAGCUGAGAUAAAAAGUCUACAACACAAUUUAGAUGAACAAAGCAAGUCAAUGUGUAUAAAUAUGGAAGAGUUGAAACAGGCACUUGAUUCUGCUUGUAAGGGCCUGAAAGAGAAAGAAAAAAGCAUGGAACCGCUAAAUAUCAAAGUUCAAAAAAUGGCAAAUGAAAUUGAAGAACUAGAAAAAAAUAUACAUCUAAAGGAAAAGGCAUUUCAAGAACUAAAAGAGGAAAGUAAUUCUCUGGCUCAGUGGAAGAUGGAAAAUAUGCAUGUUAUGAAUGUUUUUCAAAGUGAAAAGGAGGUGAUGAAUAACAAAAUUAAAGAAUUAGAACAUAAGCUCGAAAUGAGUUUGAAAAAAAAUCAAGAACAUGAGCAGAAUCUAGAAGUUCAUCAGCACAAAAGUGAAAAGCAAGCAGAAAAACUUAGGUCAGUUGAGGAUGAAAAAGAGAAUUUGCAAUGCCAGACUGAUGAUCUCAAGCAAAUUCUAGACAGCAAAACUUCUGAGUUAGAAACACAAAGGCAAUCCUUUGAAGAAUUCAUGAAAGAAGCAAAGCAGCAAGAGCAAAAGAAUGGAAAGGAAAUAGAAAACCUGAACUUGAGCAUUUCUCAGCUCACCGCACAGAUCGCUGAACUGGAGAAAAAUUUGCAACAAGAAACAAGCAAAGUUGUGAAACUUGAAGAGUCUCAGUGUGCAUUGAUUGCUGAUUAUGAAAAUGUCAGUAAUCUGGUGAAGUCAAAAGAGUGCUUAAUUGAACUUAAAGAAACAGAAAUUUUGAGCUUGAAGGACAACAUUUUGCAAACCACAAAUAAUCUUGAAGGGCAGCUUGCUAAAGUUGAAGCAGAGAAAACGCAUGUAAUGCAGGAGUAUGAAAAGGUUUUACUUGACAAACUUGAAAUUGAAAAUAUAAAGUCAACAUUAGAAAUUUACCAACAUGAUAUUUCCAUCCUCAAGGAGCAGAUUACGUCUCAAGAAUCUUUACUGAAUCUUGAAAAACAACAACGAUCUGAGGUUGAGAACAAAUGUGAAGCUCUAUUAAAACAGAGAGAAGAACUUGAAGAAAAAAUUGAGGAGAGGGAAAAGAAAUAUGUUGAUUUGCAAACAGAAAUGGAACAAGAAGUUCAUCAACUGAAACUGCAACAUGAUGAGGCAUUGCAAGCUACUUUAGAUGAGAAAAACAAAUCUAUUGAAAAUAUUACACAAGAACUUGUGACCAGUGCAAGCAAUUUGAAAUGUAUGCAGGUCGCCAAUGAAGAAUUAGAAGCAAAGCUGGAAGCUUGUCUUUUGUCUGAGAAGUGCAUUCAGGAAAAAGAGGAGUUAAUUAGUUUGAAGGAAAAAGAACUCAUACAGCUCUCUGAGGAAAAUGAAGAACUGAAAAAUUCCAACAAUUCUUUGAUGCAGGAAAAUAUAGAGUUGAACAAAAUGAAUUCUAGUUUCGCUGAUGAAAUGAAAAGAAAUGAAACAAUAUUACAAGAACUGACUAAAAAAUAUGAAGGAGAAGCUGUUACUAAAGAAAAUACAUUCAAAGAUCUUAAAACUCUAUAUGAAGAACUAAGUGCAAAUCAAAGAUUACUGCAGAACACAGUCGCAGAGAAAGAAAGUGACACUAAGAAAUUGCUAGAGAAGAUAAAUGAGAAGGAAACUAGGGAAGCUGAGUUAAUGCAACAGUAUGUUGCUUUAGAAGCAGAAUUAAAACAUCUUCAUGAAAAAUGCAGUGCUUUAGAAGAAAACAAAAACUUUUUGGAAAUGCAGUUGCAUGAGAGAUCACAAGAAUUAUUGAUGAGAAACACAGAAGCUGAGGACCUGCAAAGAAAACAUACUGAGCGUUCCACAGAAUAUAAUGCCAAAAUUCUAGACUAUGAGGAAAGGAUUAAAACCAUGCUUGAAGAAAUAGAUGGUUUCAAGUUACAGCUGGAGAAGAUGGAGGAAAUUGAUCAAUUAAAAAAAGAACUUGUUGAAUCACACGCAAGACAAAACAAAAUAGUGGAAGAUCACAAUGAAUUGCUGCAGGAAAAAGAACAAUUAAUGCAUCUAAUAACAAAGAAAACUGAAAAAGAAACCAUUUUUACAACUAAAUUAGAAAAGCUUGAAAAUGAUUUGAUAAGAGUGCAGUCUGAAAAUGUUAACCACUGUAAGUUGAUUACAGAGAAAGAUAUUAUCUCAGAACAAUUGAAAGACACGGUCAUUACAAAAGAAAUUGAACUUCAGAAAGUUCAAACUCGACUUCAGCUUCUGCAGAUGGACCUUGAAGAUAAAGAGGCUUCUUUAGAGUCUUAUAUUUCUCAAGUAGAACAAAUGCAAAGUGAGAUCAGUAGUGUGGAGAGUAAGUUUCAGAAUAGUGAGGGGAAUAGGAUUCUUCUAGAGAAGGAAUUAAGUUCAAUGCGGACAGAGAUGGAAAAUAUGCAUUUGAAAUUAAAUGAAAGCAAGAACCAAGAAUCAGCUUUGCUGGAACAAAUAACACUACAGAGGCAAACAACUGAAGAGCUGCAGAGUGAAUUUGAUAAACAAAAAAUGGAUCUUGAUUAUCUCCAUUCCUUGCAAAUCCAGCUUGCUGAAAACCAAGAAUCAGAAAGGCAAUGCAAUCUGAAAGACGAGAAGAUAAAGGAACUUCAAAAGAAGCUGUGUCAGACUGAAAUUCGUAUCAGUGAUUUAAUGAGUCAAAAUAGUGAUAUUGCUUCUCAACAACAGGAGCUAAAAGCACAAAUGCAAAUUAGUUUGAGUAAUAUGGAGGUUGCACUGCAACAGAGUGAGGAGCAAAGAGCUCUUCUGCAGAAAGACUUCAGUAAGGUGCAGUCUGAAUUAUCAGCUAUGAGCUCGCAUGUCAUUGAAAGCAAACGUCAUAAUGAAUUUUUGAUGGAAGAGAUAACUCUACAAAAGAAAACUAAUGAGGAUCUAAAGAACGAACUUGAAAAAAGUAAAGAACAGGAAACACAUCUCACCUCAAUGGUGUCUGAGUUACAGUCUCUUAUUGCAGCUUUGGAAACUGAAAAAACAUCGCUGUUGUGUAAAGUAGAUUUAACAAACAAUAGUGCUGAUCUUGAUACUCAAGAGUGCAAAGACAUAAAAGAAGUAAUGAUUGCAUCCCUGGAAUGUAGGCAUAAAAACAUUUCAGAAGAGAAAGAGGUGGCUGACAUUAUUGAGAAUCAUUCAUCAGAUAAAAGGAAAACCCUUUUGAACGCAAUUGAAAAUUCACCCAACUCUAUUGUAAGUGACCAAACAACCUUUUCUGUUGAAGAUGAUCACCUGAAAAUGAAACCUCUGGAACUGGAACCUUGUUCUGACUCUUCUGACCAGUGUAUUACAUUGCUUAGAGAACAACUUCAAAAACAGAAAGAGGCUGCUGCAGAUCAAGAAACCUGGGAACUGCAUCAAACCUUAACUGCAACAAAGCAAGAACUUGAAUUUCUGAAAAAAAACCACUCAUCUGAAAUUGAAGAAUGGCAGUUGAAGUUGGCCAAUCUAACAACUGAGAUGGAAAUAAAGUUGGCUGCACAGAGGCAGCAAACUGAGCAGCUGACUGCAGAAUUAGAAGGUGCGAGAGUUCAGCUUCAAUCUCUGGACCUCAGUUCCCAGUCAUUGCUGUUUGCUAGCUCUCAUUCCAAAGAGAGUACUCCACAUAAGUUGAAGCAUACUGAUUCAAAAGAACAUCAAACAGAGGUGAUGAUCAUCACUGAUCAAAUGGGAUCUGUUACCAGACAAAAUGUGUCCCUUGACUUUAAUGUUCAAAGGGCGAAACAGCCCAGUUUACAAUCUGGCAAAACAGGAGAAAGUCCUGUAUUUACCAGAGACUACACCAUCUACUAUAAUGAUGCUAAGAAUGUAAGCAACAACAUUGAUAAUGAACUGAAUGAAAGCAACACAGAACAACAGAGCAUAGCUGAAUCAACACAUUUAGGUAAUGAUAAAGUUAAUGUCCUGGUGGAACAGCAAUCAAUCCAUGAAACCUUUGUUGGAUCUCAGUUACAAUUGGACCACGAGUCUGGCCAAGCUCUUCAGCUCCUUCCAAAUGAUGAAAAUAAGAAAAUAACUGAAGAACUACUCCAUGAGAUAGAGAAUUUGCAUAGCAAGCUAAAUACCAAUCAAAAAGAACUAUUUAAUAAAACCACUGUUUACACUGAGUUAGAAAAGAAAAUGCUAAUGUUUGAAGAGAAGGAGCUCCAACUAUGUAAUGAAUUGAAGUCUUCUGCUCUUGAAAAUCAAAAUCUUCGAGACAAAGUAAACAUUUUGGAAGAGGAGCUCAGCAAUAUUACAUUACAGUUGAAAGUGGAUAAAGUUAAAUUGCCUGGUGCAACCAAGAUGUUGGAGAGUCCAGAGAUGAAUAACACAGACAGGAGUGAGCAAUUCCUUGAACUAGAAAAUGAACUGAAGCGAGCAAAAUCAGAUAAAGCUAACCUGGAAAAACACAUCCUUGAAAUGGAAGUUGAUCUGGAUAAGUUACAAAUCAGAAAGCAAUUGUUAGAAAAAGAACAUGAAUCAAGUCAAAGGACCAUUUCCAUUCAGGCAGAAAAGCUGUCUGAGCUUGAAACAGAAAAUAAUGAGUUCAUUCAGGAGAUUAGUACUCUAGUGGAGACAAAUAAUGAAUUGGAGCAAACUAGUAAAAGGCUAAAGGAAAAAGUUCAAGAGCUUGAAGCCGAGAAAAUCUACAAGUUUAAUACAAUCCGGGUGCUUGAAGCUGAAGUGAAGAAACUAACCAGUCAGCGACAAGCUCUUACUGAACAAAUGGAGAAAAGUUCAAAGGAAAAAGAAAUCAUAAUCCAGGAAAUUGAUUGUUUGGAAAACAAUUCAGUUUUGGAUAGAGAAGGAAAGGAGAAAUUAGAACAAGAACUAAAUCAGCUGAAGAAGGAAAACAUAUCCAUUCUGGAGCAAACUGAAGCUCUGCAGAGCAAGCUUAAUGCAGUAGAGCUUGAAAAGUUGAAACUACUCCAGUCUUUGGAGUUCUCUAAAUCAGAAAAAAGUGAAGUUGCAGUGAGGUUAAAUUCCACCGAGGCAGAAGUAGCUGAAAUGCGGCAUGCUAUUGAGAAACUUAAAGUGCGCAUUGAAGUAGAUCAUAAUAAGCAUCAACAUAUGGCUGAAAAACUUAAAAUCAGUGAACGAAAAACAGACUCCCUUCAAGACAAGGUUGAAGCACUUGAACGGGAGCUUCAGACCUCUGAAGAAAAUAUGGAGCAAAUGGUGUUAGAAGCUGAAACUGCAAAGGAGCAGGUUGAAAUAUUAAAGGAAGAAAAGGAAAUGAUUACUGAAAAUACGAAGCGAUUGAAAAUGGACCUCAAUGCCAUCAACUCUGAGAAACAAGCUUUAGAGAAACAACUGCAAGAAAGUCAGGAAAAAUUAGAAACUGAAUGCUCAAGUUUGGCAAGAAAUUCUGAAGCAUCUGAAAAUGAAAAAGUCAAAAUGACUGAAGCCUAUGAAAAUUCUGUUAGUGAGCUGCAGUCUCACAUUAGCCAUUUAAAAGAAAAGAUGAAAAUCUGCCAAGAAAAGUUGGAAAAAUUGAGAGAAAAUGAGAGAAAUUACCUCAAUCAAAAUUCACAUUUAGAAUGUGAAAAUAUUCGCUUAACCAACCAACUUUGUAAAGCUGAUGAGUUAAAUGUGGAGCUACAAUCUACAAAUACAACACUAAGUAAGGAUCUUCAAAUAAUUCAACAGCGAUUAAAUAUGCAUACAGAAGAGAAAGAGAAACUUCAGCAACAGAUUAUAGAUCUGGAGCAACUGAAGCAGAAAAAUUCUAUGGAUUUGAGUAAUUUGCAUAUUGACAUGGAGAAUUUAAAGAGAGAAAUGAACAACUUGCAGACAGCAGCAGUGAAAUCUCAGCAAGAAGCACAAGAUUUGACAUCUAAGCUAACAAUAGUGCAAAACAUGAAGGAAAAUUCUGAGAAGCAGCUACAAAACGAACUACAGGUUGCACAAUUGCAAACGACUACACUUCUUGAUCAGAUUCAUGAUCUUACAGAGAAUAACCGUAAGCUGCAAGAUGAUUUGACCGUGGUCAGUGAAAAGGUUCAGAAAAUGCAGCAGGAAUUUGAUGCAGAGAAGAAUUUGAUCUCAGCACAACUUGAAGAAUUCAGGAAUCAGACAGAAAGCAUUAAGUUGCAGCUAGAAAUCUGUGAAUCAGAAAAAUACAAGUUAGAAAAGGAUAUUGAAUAUUUUCAGAAUGAACUACAGAUCACUGAUGUCCUGAAAAAGGAACUAGAUGAACAUAAACAAAGACUAAGAUGCAUUCAAGGAGAACAUCAAGCUGUGCUUAAAGAUUUACAGGAUCAGGUGAAUGGUCAGACAGAAAAUAAUCGUAAACUGCAGGAUGACUUAACUAUAGCCAAUGAAAAGAUUCUGAAAAUGCAGCAGGAAUAUGAUGUGGAGAAGAAUUUGAUUUCUGCACAACUUGAAGAGUUUAGAAGUCAAACAGAAAGUCUUAAGUUGCAGCUAGAAAUUUCUCAAUCAGAAAAAAACAAGUUAGAAAAGGAUGUUGGAUAUUUUCAAAAUGAACUUCAGAUCACUGAUGUCCUCAAGAAGGAUCUAGAUGAACAUAAACACAGAUUAAAGUGCAUCCAGGAAGAGCAUCAAGCUGUGCUUAAAGGUUUACAAGAUCAGGUAAAUGAUCAGACAGAAAAUAAUCGUAAACUGCAGGAUGACUUAACUAUAGCCAAUGAAAAGAUUCUGAAAAUGCAGCAGGAAUAUGAUGUGGAGAAGAAUUUGAUUUCUGCAAAACUUGAAGAGUUUAGAAGUCAAACAGAAAGUCUUAAGUUGCAGCUAGAAAUUUCUCAAUCAGAAAAAAACAAGUUAGAAAAGGAUGUUGGAUAUUUUCAAAAUGAACUUCAGAUCACUGAUGUCCUCAAGAAGGAUCUAGAUGAACAUAAACACAGAUUAAAGUGCAUCCAGGAAGAGCAUCAAGCUGUGCUUAAAGGUUUACAAGAUCAGCAUGAUGUUCAAAUGCAGCUGGAUGAAAAAAGAUUGGCUGGAAUGCAGAAACAGCUAACUGAACAAGAAAUAGAAAUGAACAACCUAAAAGCUGCAAAAGAAGAAAUAAAUGUUACCUUAAAAGAUGCCAUCUGCAAGGCAGAUGAACUGCAAAAAUCUAUGGCUAAUCUAAAAAGAGACAAAGAAUGUGCUCAAAAUAAACUGCUACUCUGGAUGAAAAGCUGUAAGCAGCUUGAACAUGAAAAGGAGUCACUGAAGAAACACAUUCAGCAACAAGAGGAGCUAAUUGCACAACUACAGAAAAACCCAAAACUAGAGUCCCAGAUAGAUGACCAAACGACUGAGGUGGAAAAACUAAAAGAGGCAUUAGAGGAAAAAACAAAAGAAGCUGACGAAAAUAUGGAGAAAUAUUGGAACCUGAUUAAAAGCAGCCACAAACUGGAGGAGGAAAAUGAAAUGUUAAAGAGCAGGGUGGUCUUCUUGAGCAAUAAAUUCCAACAGUCAAAUGCUCAAGAUGAGAAUGGUAUUGCAGAACAAGUUGCUGUACCAAGAUCACUUGUACACAAAUGUGAAAAGAAGUCACCUGGUCAGUCCAAGAGUCAGCCAAAAUGUCUGAAGUCUCCAAGUGUGUGCAAUAUUGCAGAACAGACCAUGGAUGCUCCAUUGGAAUUAGCUGGAAAUAAAAGUCACCAAAAGCGCCCAGAUACUCAAUCAAACCUUACUGCAAAGAGAGUAAGGGGAGCAGAAUCUAAGGAGGAACGAGAUAGAUUGAAAUCAGAAGCUUUGCAGAAUUCUGCAAAGAGGACAAGAAGUGAUAAAGAGCAUGAGAAUAUUUUAAAGCCUGUUGCAAAAGAUAAAUCUCCAUCAGAACCAGAGGGUCUUCCACAUCUUGUUAAAAAGGGUUUUGCGGACAUUCCCACUGUAUCACACAGCCCUUACAUACUGCGUAGGACAACCUUACUCAACAGGGCUAGUUCCAGCGUUGCAGUUCAGAGCAGAAUAUCUCCCUAUAGGCAGAUGCAACAUAAGGGAGUUGUGCAAGUCUGCAACAAGUCGGAGACAAUAGCAGAAAGCAGUCCUGUCGAGCAGCAAUCAGCUGAAUUUCCAGCAUUACAUCUGGAUUCAGUACCAGUUAUGGCAGAGCCACCUCUAUCAUCAUUAACAAACAGUGCAAAGAAAAUGGGCUUUAAUACUAAUGAUGGGAAGCAAUCAGAAAAAAGGUGCCCAAUGAAUACAAAGAAAUUUAUGGAACAAAAGAAACAUUCCACCAAACAGAUUACUGUGAGUGAAGAAAAUGAAAAUUGCAAAGUACAGUGAACAAAUAUAGUAGAAAUAAGACAGUACUAGCAGGUGAACUCUGUUAUAAAAUCUUCUGCAGUAGCUCUGGAGGUACAAAAUGGGAAUACCAAAGCUGAUUAAAGUGCACAAAGUACAGUGAUUUACAGAAAGUAAAUGAUUAUAUGUUUCCAGUAAUAAUGCCAACUAUCAUAUAUAAAACAGCUUUAAAGCAGUAAAAUUUCCUCUGUAAAGAUGCAGCUUAGUCAUAUUACAAAAUAAUUAAGAUUACUGUUUGCAGGAAACUGACACUUUUGUACAUUAUUUCUUUUCUAAACUAUUCUAUUAAUCCUGACUUCAAUUUUCUGUAAAAUAUUGGCAGCUCCCUUAGUGUCUCGUAAGUUACUUUUUUGAGUUGGGGGACCUUAUUCGGUCAUCUCAGAAGCCAUUAAUUUGAAUAAUUCAGAAAAAUCUUUAAAUGUGCUGUGAUUUUGUGACAAGUCAGUUUUUUUCAUAGGCCUACUUUUGUGUUCUGAGCUUCCAGUCUGUGUUUAGGGUAAGGUCUCAUAACCAGUAACAGCCUUUGUUCAGUACAUGAGAAAAUAUUAAUGUACCAUGAUUGGUUUUAUUUGUAAAAGACAAAUAAACUUGUGCGUUUUUAAAAAAAAAUUGUAAUAUUUUACUCAUUACAGAAUAGGAAUGUAAUACGUAUGUGCUUGUUAUAUCUUUUCCAGCAUUUUGUAU